AUGGCGCCGCCGUCAUCCUUGCUUCGCGACCUGCUUUCCGCUGAUGGCUUCAAGGGCCGUCGCAAGCAGUCUCCGGCCGACCCACGGACGACGAGCAUGCCACCCAAGAGCCGGCGCCCGACCAAGCCCGCGCGGUCGCAGUCCGACGUACUCACCCGGAGCCGCCUCAGGGACGGGAACGUCGUCGUCGAUGAUCACGACGGCGCUCCCGAGGAGCAUCAGAUGGCGAGGCGGAGGUCGUCAGCGUCGCUGAUGAACGCGAGGAGCUACAGAAACAUCGACACCGCCGGCAGCGGCGCCGCCGCGAGCGGGAGGGGUUGUGCCGCGGUACCGGCUCUCGACGAGUCCGCGCUCAGCGCGCUGAUCUCGCUGGCCGCGGGCGCCGUGAAGCCGUUCGCCAAGGACGAGGCCUUCCGCGCGUCUCUGCGCAGCGGCUGCACGUCCUGCGUCGGCGAGUCCGACCACCGCGCCGUCCUCGACCUCCGCGUGACCGUGCAGACCGUCGAGAGGGCCGCGGCGUCGGCAGAGGAGGAGGAAGAUCCCCUCGACCCGCGCGACCUGAAGCGCGUCUCGCUCAGGCUGCACGCCCUGGCGUCGCUCGACACGGAGGAGGCGGACGCGGUGACCGCCUCGGGCGCGCCCUACGAGCGCCUCGCCGCGUGCGCGCACCUCUACAUGUCCGUCGUCUCCAAGCUCCAGAAGAAGGAUCACUCCGCCGCCGUGCACGCCCUGGAAGCCUUCUGCCUCGCACCGCGCGAGGCGCGGACGGUCCUUCUGCCCGCGCUGUGGGACAGGCUCUUGCGCCCGGGGCUCUCGCACCUUCGGACGUGGCGCGAUCGCGAGUUGGCUGCGGCUGCCGCGAGAUCGGAGCCGGACGCCAGGGUGAAGGAGGUGGAGCGGACGUUCGUCGACGCGCUGGACGGCGGCACGCGCGCGCUCGCGUGCUACUACAGGGACUGGCUGCUGGGGCGCACGGAAGAGUUGGCUAUCCCGUCCGUUCCGGCACCUCCGAGCACUACUGCUCUUAACGGCGGGCCGGCAAGGUUCUCGGCGUCCACGACGUAUGAUAUCGGCUCGGAUGUCGCGUUUAGCUCCGAGAGUAUGAGCCCUGCCGUGUUUGUGAUCGAGGAGACGCCGCGGCAAUUUGAGGAGGUUGUGGAGGAAGAAGAGGUCGUGCAAGGGAAGGCCGUGGAGGCAGAAAGCGUGUUCCACGAGUGCGACGAUGGCCAAGCAAGGAGCUACGCUCCCACUCCACUGGAAGAAGAAAAGGCUGCGAUGCCUACUAUGCUGAUCAAUGAAGCAUUUGAGCCACAGAUCGAGAAUGGACGGAGCAAUGGAGCAGACGAGUCAACGAGCUACCUGCUGAGCCGUGACAUGUCUGCGAUCGACCUUCUCACACUCGAGUUCUGCGAAGGGCCUCUCAAGAUCAGUAGCACAGACGGCAACCAAUUCCAGUCCUCCAUUUUCGCCACCACCCCGAGCGACUUCCUCUGCCCACUCACCCGGCAGAUCUUCAACCGGCCGGUGACGAUCGAGACAGGCCAGACGUUCGAGCGGCACGCCAUCGUUCACUGGUUCGACAGAGGCCUCCGGACGUGCCCCGUCACAGGCCAAGAACUCGAGUCCCUGUCAGUCCCGGACACGAACCGCGUGCUGAAGCGCCUGAUCGACAGCUGGAAGUCGGAGCACUGCAGGAACCUGCCGCAGGUCGCUGGGAGCAGCAAAGCGCCGGAGGAGAAGCUGAACGUGACGGUCGUGGACAGGGUGCUCGAUGCGGGGCGCAGAGUGUCGGAGCAGAUGGAGAGGGCGAGGCACCUCAUGGCGAUCGGCGGCGUGGACUUCCACCUGCACAGGCUCCGGGAGGGGACGGGGGAGGAGCAGAAGGCGCGGGCGGCGGAGCACCUGCUGCUGUGCGUCAGGGCGGAGGGCGGGUGCAGGAGCUACGUGGCCGUCGGGAUUGACGGCGGGAGCCUUGCUCGGCUGAUACGGAGCGAGGUGGUCUCCGCGAGGACAGCGGCGGUUCGUCUGCUCGUCGAACUGAUUCGCCUGAGAAGAAGGGAAAUUGUUGAACUGCUAAUGCGCGGAGUAUGCGCCGCGUCGGUCCUGGAGACGAUGGACGUGCUACUCAAGCAUCUACGGAGCUCGCCGGUCGAAGAACAAGCUCUUGUUGCUGUCCUGCUCUUGCACUUCCAGCGCACCUUGGACGAGCCCCGCAGAACCAGCGAAUACGGGGAAGAGGCUGCCAGAGCCCUCACGGAGUCUCUGCGACGCUCCCUGACUGAUGAAAAUGUCGUGCCCAACACCCGGAAAGCUCUGCUGAUGCUGGGAGGGCAUUUCUCCUUCUCAGGCGACCUGCUCGCAGAGGAGUUGAUGCUGAAACAGGCCGGCUUCGCCGAGGACUCGCCCAGCACGUCCGUCGCCUCCGACGCCGCCGUGCAGGAGAAGGAGGUGGCCGAAAACGAGGCGUGGCAGGAGCACGUGACGGUGGUGCUCCUCGGCACCGGGAGGAGGCCGUUCCUGGCGGCGCUGUCCGGGUGCCUGGGCUCUCGCGACGCCGGCCUGGUGGCCGCGUGCCUGACGACGGCGGGGUGGCUGAGCCAUUCGCUGGCGGCGCCGCCGCUCGAGGACGCGCGCACGGACAUGCAGCUCGCCGCGUUCUCGGCGCUCGUCCCGCAGCUCAAGCGGUGCCUUGCCGGCGGCGCAGCCCACCUGCAGGCCCGGCACCGGGUCCUCGCCGCCGUCACGCUACACAACUUCAGCAAGAUCCCAGACUGCAGGGUGCUACUGAUGCUGCUGGCGGACGGCCUGCGCGGUCACCUCGCCGAGCUGGCGGAGCUGACCCGGACGGCCGGUCAACUGUACGCCGAGCUGCACGAGUGACGUUGAUAAAACCUUUGGACGUUGACCUCUGACGACGGACGCAAGUCGCCGGGGCCUCUCGUGAUCUCGUGGAAGAUUCAGCGGAGAAAUGUAUUGCGCGCUGCUUUUCUUUGACCGUUUCAGAGCUCACAAGGAUAUGUUCGUCUGCUGCUCUGAACUCUUUUUACAGUUUCGUCGUAGACGUCGACGUGGACGUGAAGGAUAAGGUCUCCAGCUCACGGGGGCGGCGAACAUGCCCAGCUCACACGACAAUGUGUGUCGUCGUGUACUACUGUACAGUAUGAGUGUAUGACUUCUUGUCUCUCCAUCGUUCUGCAAAAUAUGUAUGUUGGGAAGCCGGCUGUAAAUACAAGCUGAUGCUUUGG